AUGAGUACACAAAAUGUCUAUAGUGAUAAUAUAUCUGAAUGUGAAUCAGAAAAUUACAGUGAUUAUGGUUCCGACUAUGAGCCUGAUAUUGAGACCAGUACUAUUAAGUCUCUGUCAUCCCAACCCCCUAAAGUAGAAGAACAAAAGUUCAAUAAGACAUAUAUUUUAUGGCAGGAAAAAUUCAAUGAUAAAUUUACAAAAAAAGACUUACUAAAUAAAAUCUGCGAAAUUGCCUCCUUGUCUGCUAGAUAUAUGUCAAACAUUAAAGACUCAUUGGAAGAUGUAUAUUUAUGGGACUAUCUCUUACCUAAUUAUGGAGCAAAAGAAGGAAUCAUUGUAGAUGAUAUCUCAGAAGUAUAUGGUUUAUCUGAAAUACAUGAAUGUAUUAACGGGCAACGACCACUAAGGGCUGUAAUUAAUAUUGAUGCAUUACAAGAAAAUAUAGAAUCUGAAAAAGUUAAUGCAAAGAAUGUAUUUAUUCGUAUUUGUUGUUUAUACAUAAGAGCAUUAUAUAUGAUUCUUAAUUGUAGCUGGGAAGAGAUUUUCGAAGGAUUAGUAAUUGCCACAUCUUCUGAUUUCAAUAAUGGAUGGGAUGAACUUGAUCAUGCAAGAGUACAACCACCUGAUAGUGCAGGAUUCGAAUAUGGUUGUGUAUAUGGAUAUGGAUCAUUCAUUGUGAAAUGUUUUCAACAAAGUAGAGAUGAACAAGGGGUAAUUUUCAACAACCUAUCUAUUGCAGAAAAAAUCCAACAGAAAAAUAAAAAUAAUAUUCCACCACCGGUUAUACGUAAGAUAAAGGGUUCAAAAUUUCCAUGGCCUUUCUUAGAAAUGCCAGCUUGGGUUAAUUGCGAUUUCCCUCUUAUUGCAACAGAAGUUUAUAAAGAGCAAUAUGUAGAACCUUUACCUAAUAAAGGGGAUGUAUAUGUAGGCUCACCUUGGGGGAUGGAAAAAACUCAUACCUUAGAACACCUUACUAUUCUUGAAAGUAUAAAUUUGCUUGCUUUAUCUAUAUGA